UUGCUUUUUGAGUGGAGCACCUCCUCAAAACUACAACACACAUUUCACGUUGUCGGCUGUUGUCGUUGAGAGCUUUUCAUUGGCCUUGUUUGGAAAUAUUUAUUAUCCAAAAUAUAUCAGAGGGUGCAGAUGGCGUCUGACAUCAGUCAGGAAGAGUGGGACUUUUCAGACUUGUUUCUCCAUUAUCCCCCUGGUGAGGAUUUCUCUGCUGGCCAGAACCCAGAUGAUGCCGAGCAGCCCACCCUACUGGAGGACAACCAUCACGCUGCAUUCAUUAAGGAAGCCCCCUCGAAUUGCCCAGCUGAAGAAAGCUCAUCGGACGCGGUGUUUGACUCCACGGGCCUGGUGACAACACCAGGAAUCAUCCCGGCUCCCAGCCCCAGGAUUGAGAUCACCCCAUCGGGGGAUUCUAUCACCACUCAGGCCUUAAAGCCGAGCCCUGGCUCCAAAGCCCUCGGAGCCUACCGGGAGUGUGCAAGCCCAGCUAGUAGCAACUCCUCCACAGGCUGGCCUGCAGAUGGAUGCUCUCCAUCAGCCUCUCCAUGCAUUUCCCCUUCAAACAGAGGCGCAUGUGCCACGGAGUUGUCCACCCUGGAUCUCUGCCCCUUUCUCCAAGGUAUCCAAACAUCUUCCACCCACUCCUCUCCAGGUACGAGCUUCACCGAUGAGCUCUUCCUUCUGCCUCAGCACCAAGUCACCCCCUCACCACUUAUCCACCGGCGCUGCCGCUCUGUGUCGCCACAAGGCAAGCGCACCCACGAUCAGGUCCUCCCUUGUCCAGGGGCCUCUCCUGUCAAACAACGCUCCCGGAGCCCGAGCCCAAUCCCGUCGCCCUACAACCUGUUGGGCUCCUACCCCCUCCACCAGAGCCGGGCUCAAGGCCAGCACCAGACCCAAGUUCAGGCCUCUGAGUUGGGCCCAGAGGACAAAGUCAGCAUCCUCAGCUUAUCUCAAGAAGCGGUGCAAGGUGCACAUCGGGCAAACCCAAGACCAGAUUGCAUGUACAGAGAGGGUCAUGAGUUGGAGAGGGUCGGCAGGGUAGGAGCUGAAGUCAUGUCCGGCGGCUUCUGUGUACUCCCAACUUCGUGGCCUCCUGAUCCAGUCCAUUUUGGAGCAUUAGGUGGUCUUUCCUUGGCACCACUACCCUCUUUAGAGUGGCCAUUGCCCAGUCAGUCCAGUCAGUACGAGCUGAUGAUCAAGACGCAGCCAAGGUCUCACCACAGGGCUCACUACGAGACCGAGGGCAGCCGUGGACCUGUCAAGACAUCAAACGGCGGGCAUCCCGAAGUCCAGCUCCACGGUUAUCGAGGCACGGCCCCGCUGGGCCUGCAGGUCUUCAUCGGGACGGCCGACGAGAGGCUGCUCAAACCGCACGCCUUUUACCAGGCGCACCGCAUCACCGGGAAGACCGUGACCACGCCAACCAUGGAGAGGAUGGUCAACGGGACCAAAGUGUUGGAAAUCCCUCUCCAGCCAAAAAACAACAUGAGAGUGGUGAUCGACUGCGUCGGCAUCCUGAAGCGGAGAAAUGCCGACAUCGAGCUGAGGAAUGGCGAGACUGACGUGGGACGCAAAAACACCCGCGUGCGCUUGGUGUUUCGCGUUCACGUACCACAACCUGGAGGCCAGUUGGUGUCACUUCAAGUGGCCUCCCAUCCUAUUGAAUGCUCUCAGCAUUCAGCUCACGAGAUCCCUUUGGUCAAGUCGCAGAACCUGGACCGAUGUUCCGUACUUGGUGGACAACCAAUGGUCCUGACUGGGCAGAGCUUUUCUUACGACUCCAGAGUGAUGUUCUCAGAGAGGACACAAGACGGCCAACAAAUCUGGGAGGUGGAGGCAAGUGCGGACCGAGAAAAAAGCCCAUCUAAUAUGCUGCUGGUUGAGGUCCCUCCAUAUCGAGACCGGACCAUUUGUCAUCCAGUCAAAGUCAACUUCUAUGUUGUCAAUGGGAAGAAGAAGCGCAGUGAACCGCAGCACUUCAUCUACACCCCCAUCAUAGCCAUUAAAACGGAGCCACCUGAUGAUUGGCAGCUGAAUUUGUGUGAUUAUUCCGACACACAACUUCGGUCUGACGCAAGAGUGAAGUCACUCUUCCAUCGGUUGGAGAAGGAGAGCAAUCUUCCCCCAUUCGGUGUGCUGGCAUCAGAUCCAUUGGAUUACCAACCAGUCUUUUACCAGUCAAGGGCAGGAAAUCUAAUCAACAACCCAGACCUUUACCACCCUACAAACCAGCUUUAUUGUCACAGCUAUGCUGCCACCGUAAAUGGUGCCAUUCUUAAAGCAUCAAACCCCGCCAACAUCCAUGCCUCAGUCCAUCUCCCUCACGGUUCUGAUGUCAAAACGGCAACGGAGAAACUGAGUCAAGGCCCUCAGGUCAUACAAACAUUCCAGGCCUACUCAUCUACAAGACAUCAAAGUUCUGUGCAAAAUGUGUCAUCUCUAGAAAAGUCGCCACCUUCCGUAUUUGUCCAAGGUGACAUUCGUGGGAAGUCUUUAACCCAGACGGGCUCAAACGGAGCCGACCAAGAAGCUCGGACUCAGGAGAGAGUUACAAUCAAACAGGAGGACCUCAGCUGUGUCAACCUGGAAGACGUGAAUGACAUCAUACGAAGGGACCUGAGAGACCAUCAAAGUGACGCUGGUGGCCUGCAGUAUCCAAGACUCUAAGAGGAACAACAACAACAACUCAGGAUCACGACAUAAUCGAGAAAAAAUAAAUCCCACUCGUCACCUACA